AUUCCGCCGGGACGAGAGUAGAAAGAUCAACUCCAUAACCGUUACACGUACCGCUGGAGAAUUAUGAAUCGCGUGAUGCAAAGAGCCUCGGAAAACAUGGGAUAAUAAUAAUAUUUGGCACUAAAAGUAAAAGAUAAAAGUUCCCUGUAGUUUUCGAAUUUAUAGCUGUUUAGUUCUACUUUAGAGCUCCCCCUCAACACCAAUAAUCCCCCACUUCACGAUCCCCUCACCCCCUAUAAGAACCCCACGCAGCGACCCCUGAUCAAAAUUUAGACAUUUCGAAAAUAAAUUGCGAUUGAACUUGAUAUCAAAAAGAAGAAAAGUCACAAGGCAAUAAAAACGGAAUCAACAUGUCACCACCUCUAAUAACACACGUCUACACCGCGGACCCCUCCGCCCACGUCUUCGACGGCAAAGUAUACAUAUACCCCUCGCACGACCGGGAAACCGAUAUCCAAUUCAACGAUAAUGGCGACCAAUACGAUAUGGUAGACUACCACGUCUUCUCCCUCGACUCCCUAGAAGCCUACGCGGACGAACCUUCAUCGUCAUCCGUCGAGUCUCCGAAAGUCACAGACCACGGCGUCGUUCUGAGUGCUGAACAAGUCCCGUGGGUUAGUAGGCAGCUUUGGGCUCCGGACGCGGCGAGGCGGAAGGGGAGGUAUUAUUUAUACUUCCCCGCGCGUGAUAAGAGCGAGGUUUUUCGUAUUGGUGUUGCGGUGGGGGAUUCACCUGUUGGUCCUUUUGUACCGGAUCCGGAGCCGAUUCCUGGGAGUUUUAGUAUUGAUCCUGCGUCCUUCGUCGAUGAUGAUGUGGAUGAAAGCGCGUAUUUGUACUUUGGUGGGUUAUGGGGUGGACAAUUGCAAUGUUACCAGACUGGCAACGCACCGGAACAUUUCGAUGCUGCGUGGUUGGGUCCUAAAGAACCCUCGGGCCCCGGCGCGAAGGCGCUUUUUCCGAAAGUUGCGAAGUUGGCGGAUGAUAUGCGGUCGUUCGAGGGUCCGGUUCGGGAUUUAGUUAUCCUGGCCCCGGAGACGGGGGCGCCGAUUGAGGCGGAUGAUCAUGAGAGAAGGUUCUUUGAGGCUGCUUGGAUGCAUAAACGGGAUGGGAUUUAUUAUUUUAGUUAUUCGACUGGGGAUACGCAUUUUUUGGCUUAUGCGACGAGUAAGAGUCCCCUGGGCCCGUUUACGUAUGGUGGACGGAUUUUGGAACCGGUGUUGGGAUGGACAACGCAUCAUUCGAUUGUGGAGUUUGAGGGGAGGUGGUGGUUGUUCCAUCAUGAUUGUGAGUUGAGUGGCGGUGUUAAUCAUUUGAGGAGUGUGAAGGUGAAGGAGAUCUUUUAUGAUAAGGAGGGUAGGAUUACGACUGUGAAGCCGGAGUAGGGUGCAGAUGAAGUAGUAAUUUCGGGAUCGUUGGUGUUUAGGAAUUCAAAUGUUAUGAUUCUAUAUUGUCCGUUUCGUUGAAUUGGCUUUCUUGCAGAGACUGAGGAUCCCACCGGAAAGUCGCCAUACUGAUGUGUAGGGGGUGAGCCAUUACAACACCUUUCUUUCCACCGCCUAGAAUAUUAAUGUAACACCACCCCUAAAUGCAACUUGAUUUAGUUAUCUAGGUGUAAAGUGAGCUUAGAUAGAAGCUUGGUGCU